CACACACACACACACACACACACCACCCGUGGCUUGUUCUUUGUGCUCUUUUCCUUUCUCUACUCUUUAUUUUCGAAUGGACAUUGGCGAGGAUCAAUAUGAAUCCCUUGGGUCCAAUGCGAGCAUGGCACAAAACGCCAUUGCCGGCGCGUUUGCCGGUAUCGGCGAACAUUGUUUAAUGUAUCCCAUUGACGCAUACAAGACACGCGUCCAAGUACUACACAAAGCAACAGCAGUGACACUACGAAAUACGUGGCGAGGCGUUUAUUCUGUUGUUAUGGGAGCAGGACCAGCCCAUGCUUUACAUUUCGCGACGUUCGAAUACUGUCGAGCACGAUUUGCCACUUCGACGCACGAUCUCGUUGCUUCGGGUGCGGCCGGAGCAUGUGCAACGUUUGCACACGAUGCAUUAAUGACGCCGUUCGAUGUGGUCAAACAACGAAUGCAAUUGGCGUCGUACCGAAGUGUCCGUGAAUGCGCGCGCAAAAUCUAUGCGGCCGAAGGCUGGGCAGCCUUUUACAUUUCACUUCCGACCACCUUAUCCAUGUCUGUCCCCUUUCAAUCCCUCCAGUUUGCCAUGUACGACUACGCAAGUAGUCUGCUCAAUCCUAGCAACACCUAUGAUCCCAAAUCUCACAUGAUGGCUGGCGCGCUCGCUGGCGCUGUCGCGUCCUCCAUCACGACCCCACUCGAUGUUAUAAAAACGCUACUGCAGACGCGCGGUAAUGCAACAGAUCCACGGAUACGGCAUUGCUCUGGCUUUUGGGAAGGAGCUAAGCUCAUUGCUGAACGUCAUGGUGCAACCGGUUUCUUUCGUGGAUUCAAGCCGCGUGUGUUGACUCACAUGCCGAGUACAGCAAUCAGCUGGAGUGUGUACGAAUAUUUCAAAUGGUUUCUCUCGACGUAUCAACCAGCAGCAACCGCAACGACAGCAACAACCACAGCGGUUUCUUCAUCAACAUAAUUAAUAGCCACCGUCACCGUCACCGUCAUCUCUCUACCACUCUCACGUACUUCACCAGGCUCUCUAUUCUUUUGUCCGGACACACGCUCAACACACGCUACAUAUUAUAUACAGUUACUACACGCACAACGAUAGCACCCGCAAUUCACAUAAAUAUAGACGUCUUUUUCUAUUCCAUGCAAUGAUCCUCUAUAGCACCUCAAUAUCUAUGUAUGCCUCCCUCUCUUCGUCUUACUUUUUAUUCCUACUCUUCCUCACUUGUACACUACUAUUCACGCACAUAUCUUGCACCACAGAAAAAAAGAUAAACCAUAGCAAACUAACGUAUUCAUGCAAAAAGCGUUUGUUGAUCAAAAAUAAAUUCAGA